AUGCAGAACGGCCCGACGUCACGCGAAAAAACUGAAAAGGAAAAGGUGAUCGAGCCGCCGCCGGGACUGCCAAAACUCGGAGAAGAAGUGCACAGCCAGGAGGCCAAAAUCGAAUACGAGAUCAUCAAGGUGCUUGGCCAAGGAACAUUCGGGCUCGUUUAUCUGGCUCGUCGUCGUGGCGAUGGCCGCCAAUUCGCGAUGAAGUGUGAGCACAUGGCAGUCAAGCGACGAUUCAUCAAGCUUGAAUGCGGGGUUCUCGAAGCCGCCUUCAACAUCCAAAGCCCCCAUUUCUGCAAGGUCAUUGACAAAGGUGCCGUUGCUGAUCGCUUCAAUUUCUUCACCAUGACACUGUUGGGACCGAACAUCUGGCAUCUGCGAAGGGACCGCAAGUAUCAGCGCUUCUCCAUCAACACGGCGCUGAAGGUGGCCGAACAGACGCUGCAGGCAAUCCGCGAUUUGCACAGGAUUGGCUGGCUUCAUCGCGAUAUCAAGCCGCUCAACUUUACGAUCGGAAGGGAUGAGGAAUCGCACACGAUCUUUAUCAUCGAUUUCGGAAUGGCCCGUUGCUUCAAGCAAGAUGGGAAGGAAAUCCGCAACCCGCGUCUGUACUGUCCUUGGCGAGGAACCGGCCGCUAUGCUCCAUUGACGGCUCAUCGCCACGAGGAGCAGAGUCGCCGUGACGAUGUCGAGUCCUGGUUGUACAUGAUGAUCGAAUUGACUUCCGGGAAAUUGCCAUGGAAGGCAUGUAAGGGCGCCGAGCGGGACAAAAUGCGGGCAUUGAAGGCGGAUUCACGUGAUAAGCUGCGCUCUCAAUUAUUUGAGGGCUGCCCCGUGCAGGCUUAUUCUCGGAUUUUGACAUAUCUCGACAAGCUCGACUACAAGGAUAUCCCGGAUUAUGACUAUGUGUGGAAGAUGUUGGAUAUCGCCCGCGAGGAAAACGGCCUCUCGUAUUGUGAUCCGGUCGACUGGGACCCCAGCCAGCCUUACCAUGGAGCACGAUACGUGCCCGAGAGAAAAUUCGAU